GACUGUACAAGGAGGCAGGAGGCGUGGAUGGCCAGGGUCGUGAAUUAAUGUCAAUUAAUGUCGCCUGUCUGUAGACAUACUCUUCUCAACAAACACCAGGCUGACACUGUAUUCUUACGUCGCAUCCGCCAGUUCCUCACUUUUGACUUGAUAAGUUUUUUUUUGUUUUUUUUUAAGUGAACAUGAGCGAUGUUUACGAUCUGGUACUUAAUGUCAUCGACGAUCUUACUAAAGACGAAUUUGAACGUUUCAAAUCUUACCUUGAAAAGGUAGAGAACGAAAACGGUGGGACGAUCAAGAAAUAUAAAAUCGAGGAAGUUACACGGAACAAGUUAGUGGAAGAGAUUAUUAGCCACUUUACUAAAGAGCACGCAAUAGAAAAAACGAGAUUUGUGCUGAAGAAGAUUCCUCGGCUCGAUCUUGCGGGUACGCUGCCUAGUUCUGGCCGAAUAGACUGUCCAGCAGAAACAACGUUGAAACGUAAACAUGGAGCUGAGUGUGGUGAAUUUUCUGCUGCAAAACAAGUUAAACUGAGCAAUCCGCCGGACAUUGGACUUCAGGAACAAGCCUCUGAAGUGGAUCAUACAACAUCUGGUUUGCGUAAAUAUGACCUGCAACCAAUGCGACGUGGCCUGGUUUUGUGUGUCACUGAUGGCAGAGAAGGCUCAGAAGAAGACCUGAAGAACAUCAGUAAAAUAUUUACGAAGAAGAGAAUUAACUUUGUAAAAGUUAUUAAUCCCAGAGGAGAGGAAAUUCUACCUAAAAUCAAGACUUUUAGAGAUGAAAUUAAUAAUGCCAGGGAAGAUACCAGCUGCAGCUUUGUUGUUCUCAUGUCACAUGGAAACCAGGACGUGAUCAAGGGAGUAGAUAAUAUGGAAGAGAAGCUCCAGAACCUGUUCACUCUCUUCAACAAUGAGCAGUGUCCGAAAUUGCAGAACAAGCCAAAAGUGUUCAUCAUACAGGCCUGCAGAGGAAGUGUAAAAGAUAAAGGAACACCUUAUAUAGAUGACGACACUGACUUUGAGAAGGAGAAUAUUGUCAGGAUGCUGCCCACUACAAGUGACACUCUGGUGGUUUAUGCAUCCAUGCCAGGAUAUGUAGCCAUACGUAACCCAGUGCUUGGGUCUCGACUUAUCACUGAAAUGACCACAAUCUUUGAAACCUUCUCUGACCAACACCACAUUGUGGAUCUCUUUACUAUGGUGAAUGAAAGGCUUGUCCAUAAUUACAAUCGUAAAGAUCUGAAAUCAACCAUGGUAUUGGAGAGCACUCUCACCAGGUCACUUUAUCUGAACUAAAUUAUGCAAUAUUGGAAAAUGCAGUUUUAGAUUUUCAGCACUUCUUUUCUAAGUUGUUAAUGUCUUUGUAAUUUUGUAUGCCAGUAUGAGCAAUCCUACAUGGAAAAACUCCAUCAAUAAAGUGCCUUUACAUCCAAAGGUUUCAUAAGACCUAGCUGGAUCACUACUGAGUGUGGCAAGGACAAACUUUUUAAAGUCUUACUUCUAACCAAAUGAAAUAAAUGUGGUUUCAUUCAUCUUGCAAAUGUUGCCAACUUACUAGGAUGAACAUGAACAACUGAUUAGAUAAACUAACAGAGAGCCUUAAGGAAGGAAUGCUUACUUCUUUUUCAUGUAUAAUUGUUAAUGUAAAAGGAAACGUUAAACCUGCUCUCCAGUUGUCUCUUA